AUGGGGGAGACGCUGACCGUGGCGGUGCUGGGGGCUCCCAAAGUUGGCAAGACCGCCAUCGUCCGCCAAUUCUUGUACCAGGACUUCGCAGAGAAGUACAACCCCACAGAGGACCGCUAUAUCUACCGGCCAUCAGUCAUGCUCAACGGGAACUCCUACGACCUGAAAAUCAUGGACGUCCCCUACGUGGCGGCUUUCCCUGCCAACAGUUCUCAGGAAUGGUCAGAUCUGAAGUGUUGGGGUCUACGAAACACAGAUGCCUACGUCCUGGUAUUUGACAUUUGUAAUCCAGAGAGCUUUGAAUACGUGAAAAUGCUCUGUCAACAGAUCCAGGACCACAGGACCAGCAACAUCAGCAAAGCCCCCGUCAUUGUCGUGGGGAACAAGCGGGACCUGCAACGGCAACGCUUCACGCCCCGCCGGACGCUCUCCCUGCUCGUGAAGAAGACCUGGAAGUGCGGCUACAUGGAGUGCUCAGCCAGAUACAACUGGCACAUUGUCCUCCUUUUCAAAGAGCUGCUGUGCAGCACCGUGGCCCACGGGUGCAGGGGAAAUCACUCCGCCGUGCGCCUCCAGGGGGCGCUGCACAGAAACAGGUGCAGCCUCAUGUGAGCCGGGAGUGGAGUAUGGAACGGGCUGGAGGGCGGGCAAGGUCUUGAACCUGCAUCUAAAACAGGGGUGUCAAACUCAAUUUUCAUUGAGGGCUGUGGUUGAUCUCGGGGCAGGGGGAGGGCAUGGCCAACUGGGUGAAUGUUGAAAACUGAGUGGGCAUGGCCAG